AGUUCCCACGCCGGCGCUCCAGGCGCGGCAGGCUGCCGCCCCCGGAAGUAGUGGGUACCGGGACGCCGUGAAGCGGAAGCUGUGUAUGGCGGGAGGCUGUGGCUGUCCCUUGGUGGGGAAGCUGUUGCUGUUGCUAGACGACGGGAACUAGCUCUCGUCACUUCCUCAGCCCGCCGUCUGCCCACUCCUCUAGCCGGAACCUGGGGGCCCGGAGCCGGGAUAGGCACAGAGUUGUCCUCGGAGGUCCAGGACAGCGGCCAGCGCGGCCGCGGGAGUCAGGGCCACGCCACCUGCAGAGAAGAACCCGAGCCGAAGCGGGAAGAUGGCUGCAGACAAGCCUGCAGAUCAGGGAGCAGAGAAACAUGAAGGCACAGGUCAGUCCUCUGGGAUCACUGAUCAAGAGAAGGAGUUAUCCACCAAUGCUUUCCAAGCCUUCACAUCUGGAAAUUAUGAUGCCUGUCUACAACACCUUGCCUGUCUACAAGAUAUAAACAAAGAUGAUUAUAAAAUAAUUUUGAAUACAGCAGUAGCUGAGUUUUUUAAAAGUAACCAAACAACAACAGAUAAUUUGAGACAAACACUUAACCAACUGAAGAAUCAGGUCCACUCAGCUGUUGAAGAAAUGGAUGGAUUAGAUGAUGUUGAAAACAGCAUGUUGUACUAUAAUCAAGCAGUCAUUCUUUAUCAUCUGCGGCAGUAUACAGAAGCCAUAUCAGUUGGUGAAAAACUUUAUCAGUUCAUAGAGCCUUUUGAAGAAAAAUUUGCCCAAGCAGUGUGUUUUUUGCUUGUAGACCUGUAUAUAUUAACCUACCAAGCUGAGAAAGCUUUGCAUCUUCUUGCUGUCCUAGAAAAAAUGAUUUCACAGGGUAACAAUAACAAAAAUGGAAAGAAUGAGACUGGUAAUAACAACAACAAAGAUGGAUCUAAUCAUAAAGCUGAAAGUGGAGCUCUAAUAGAAGCUGCAAAAUCAAAGAUACAUCAGUACAAAGUACGAGCUUAUAUCCAAAUGAAGUCUCUGAAAGCAUGUAAAAGGGAAAUCAAGUCAGUCAUGAAUACAGCUGGAAAUUCUGCACCCUCUCUCUUUCUUAAAAGCAAUUUUGAGUACUUAAGAGGUAAUUAUCGAAAAGCCGUGAAGCUAUUAAAUAGUUCAAACAUUGCUGAGCAUCCAGGAUUCAUGAAAACAGGUGAAUGCUUGAGAUGCAUGUUCUGGAAUAACCUUGGUUGCAUCCAUUUUGCCAUGAGCAAGCACAAUUUGGGAAUAUUUUACUUCAAAAAGGCUCUGCAGGAGAAUGACAAUGUCUGUGCACAGCUCAGUGCAGGUAGUACUGAUCCAGGUAAAAAAUUUUCAGGAAGACCCAUGUGUACGUUACUAACCAAUAAGAGAUAUGAAUUGCUGUAUAACUGUGGAAUUCAGCUUCUUCACAUUGGAAGGCCUCUUGCUGCCUUCGAAUGUCUGAUUGAAGCUGUUCAGGUUUAUCAUGCAAAUCCUCGCCUCUGGCUACGGCUGGCUGAAUGCUGCAUUGCUGCCAAUAAAGGGACUUCUGAACAAGAAACUAAAGGCCUUCCCAGCAAAAAAGGAAUUGUACAGUCUAUUGUUGGUCAAGGCUAUCAUCGUAAAAUAGUUUUGGCAUCACAGUCUAUACAGAAUACUGUUUAUAAUGAUGGGCAGUCUUCGGCCAUUCCUGUAGCCAGUAUGGAGUUUGCAGCCAUAUGUCUCAGAAAUGCCUUGUUGCUGCUACCUGAAGAACAGCAAGAUCCAAAGCAGGAAAAUGGGGCUAAAAAUAGUAAUCAAUUAGGUGGGAACACAGAGAGCAGCGAAAGCAGUGAAACUUGCAGCAGUAAAAGCCAUGAUGGAGAUAAAUUCAUUCCAGCUCCACCUUCUUCUCCAUUGAGAAAACAGGAAUUAGAAAACUUAAAGUGCUCCAUACUUGCUUGCAGUGCCUACGUGGCUCUGGCUUUGGGUGAUAACCUUAUGGCUUUGAAUCAUGCAGAUAAACUUCUUCAGCAGCCCAAGCUGUCAGGAUCUCUCAAGUUUCUGGGACAUUUAUAUGCUGCAGAAGCCCUCAUCUCUCUCGACAGAAUAUCUGAUGCCAUUACUCACUUGAACCCGGAGAAUGUCACUGAUGUCUCCUUAGGGAUCUCUUCAAAUGAGCAGGACCAAGGAUCAGACAAAGGUGAAAAUGAAGCAAUGGAAUCCUCUGGGAAGCGGGCCCCUCAGUGCUACCCCAGUUCCGUCAGCUCUGCCAGGACUGUGAUGCUGUUCAACCUUGGCAGCGCUUACUGCCUGAGGAGCGAAUAUGAGAAAGCCCGAAAGUGUCUCCACCAGGCGGCUUCAAUGAUCCAUCCUAAAGAGGUGCCCCCUGAGGCCAUCUUGCUGGCAGUCUACCUUGAACUGCAGAAUGGUAAUACUCAGCUGGCCUUACAGAUCAUCAAAAGGAAUCAGCUGCUCCCUGCAGUGAAAACACACUCUGAAGUGAGAAAGAAGCCAGUGUUUCAGCCUGUCCACCCGAUCCAGCCCAUCCAAAUGCCGGCUUUCACCACUGUGCAGAGAAAGUGAUACUUCACUUUUGGAAAACUGUUACCUGAGACCCAGGGGAGUAUUUACUGGCCAUUUUAGUUGUAUCACAGCAGAAUGAAUAAAAGAUGGUGAAGGCUGUUAAUUUUGAGACGAUUCUACCCCUGACUUUUGGCCAAAAGCUUACUUAAAAUUAAGGAUUUACUAAGUCAUCAUCAGCUGUUUUUCUUAAUUUCAACCAGACUAUUAAUUUUGAGCCAUUAUGUAAUAUAUGCCAUAGGCAAUUAAAACAUAAUUUUAUCAGAA